AUGUUAUAUAUUAAAGUUAUACUCAUAAUAUUAAUAAUUUUAAGAGGUACAUUAUCGUUUAAGGUAGAUACACCAAUAUUACAAAAUGUAUUUUUAAAUACAUCUGCAGUCUUACAAAACAAUAGAACCAGCUUUUAUAAAUGUAAUAGGACUUUUACCUUAUAUGGUGUACCAAAGAAAAAAAGUUCUCACAGAAGAACGAGAAGAAGAAAAGUAGCAUGGAUGAAAAAAAACCCAGCGAAAUUGUUUAGGACGAGCUCAUAUGAUCUUGAUGAAAUUAUGCGAUACACGGAUCGAAAAUUGACAUCCCAUUAUACAACGAGGGAUAGUUGGCUAAACCUUCCAUCAACAACAUUAGUAAAUGAUUUUUUCUUAUUUAGGGAAAUUCGAAACUGA